AUGGCAUUGAUUGUGAGGCUGCCUUUGGUUCUUCAACUUUCAUGUCCAUUUGGGCAUCAUUUUAAGAAGAGGCAGUGGGCUACGAUUUCCAACUCAAAGAGAAUAUUAGGCUUUUCCAUGGCUGAAAUGGCAGCUGAUAGUGAGCCAUCCAAAGUGAUUGACUCACAUUUGCAUGUUUGGGCAUCACCUCAAGAGGCUGCCGAGAAUUACCCCUACUUUCCUGGCCAAGAACCCACUUUACCAGGUCAUGUCGAGUACUUGCUUGAGUGCAUGGAAGAAGCUGACGUUGAUGGUGCACUCAUAGUACAGCCCAUCAAUCACAAGUUUGAUCAUUCUUAUGUAACUAGUGUGUUGAAGAAACAUCCAUCCAAAUUUGUUGGUUGUUGCCUUGCAAAUCCAGCAGAAGAUGGAAGCGGCAUCAAACAGCUUGAAAAUCUCAUUUCGAAGGAUGGGUAUCGUGCUGUUCGCUUCAAUCCAUACUUAUGGCCACCUGGGCAACCGAUGACUAAUGAAGUUGGGAAAGCAAUGUUCUCCAAAGCCGGAGAGCUUGGGGCACCUGUUGGUUUCAUGUGCAUGAAGGGUCUUAAUAUGCAUCCAGAAAUUGAACAACUCUGUGAAGAAUUUCCUUCAACAGUUGUUCUGCUUGAUCAUGUAGCCUUCUGUAAACCCCCAACAAAUGAUGAGGAACGACAAGUCUUCAAUGAACUGUUGAAGCUCUCCAGAUUUCCACAGGUUUAUGUAAAAUUCAGCGCCCUCUUUAGAGUGUCUAGAAAUCAAUAUCCAUUUGAAGAUCUAUCCGAACUUCUUUCGAAGAUAGUCUCCAGCUAUGGUGCCAACCGUGUGAUGUGGGGAAGUGACUUCCCUUAUGUAGUUCCUGAGUGUGGCUAUAAAGAAGCAAAAGAAGCAGUAUGUCACCUCGCCCAACAAGUGCAUUUAUCGCCAUCGGAAUUGGAAUGGAUCAUGGGUAAAACGGUGAACCAAAUCUUUAACAAGCAGUGUUUCUCUUUGUAG